AUACUUUCCAUUCCACUGAUUUCAUUUGUCGUCUGCUGUUGGCCGUGAGCAGAUCGCUUGGCGCUUCACCAGGAGUGGGUUAAAGUCAGUCGAGCCUCCAGAAAACCAAAACAAAAACAAACCCACGGGAUCGCUUUCUUUACCACUGAUAUGGAAGAGGUUUAAAACCUCCGACGUCUGUUUGCUAACAUCAGUGUGUUCGGCAUAGUGACUUUGUGAGUGAUAAUUGAUUGUGUGCAUGAAAUGCAACGUGUAAAUAGUUGUUUUACAUGUGGACUGCCAUCUACAGAUUGCACUCGGCUGUGAACAACGGAUUGUAGUGUUUAGUACCUGCCAGUUGUUGUGUGUUCAUUUUGUUCAACAUAAGCUACAAGCGUUCGACAUAGCAUCUUUUCAAUGGUACAUUGCAUUUUCAAUUAACAAGGCUAUUUGGAACAGUUAAAGCCCAUCUGCUGUGCAGCCGGAUCCACCCAGCACAGCCCACAGCCAACCCGACGACAACGACGCCACCGCCACCGAUAGUGCUGCUUGACUUGGCUUAUUCUAGGAGGCACACAGCCCCAGCAGAGAGACGCUCGGUUUCCCAGGCAUUCAGCCAGCGUUAGUCUGAUUCAGUGCCUCUCGGCGUGCACAUCGUACCGGCAAUUUGUCCGGAGUGUUGUAUUCCGAUAUGCUCUUUUGUAUCAAGUAAAAGAUCCGAAAAAUCUUCCCGAUCGUGAUUCAGUUUGUUGCGGUGCCAAAAGAGUGUGUGGGAAUCCAUGAAGAAAAGUGUUUGUUACGUAAGCGCAAUUAGUGUUACCCGGAGAGUCAUUUGUGGUCAAACUGCAAGAUUUGAAGUGUGAGUGCGUUCUCUAUCUCAGUCACGCUGCGCUGAUUGACGUCUCCGUAGGUCAGAGGGUGCCUUUAGUGUGAUCGUAGAGGGGAUUGCGUGUGCCCAUUCGAUAAUAGCCCAGCUCAAAGUGGUGUGGUGACCUAAUGAUUGCGGCUCGACAGGUCGUUUGAAUGCGAACUUGAGCCACGUGAAUCAUUACGCAUAUACGCAUAACCUCUAAUAGCUCUAGCUGCUGUAAGAAGAAGCAUAAUAAGAAGAAAAAGACGGAAGCCUACAGUUCGAGAAAAACAAACGGAAUCACAAAUUGCUCGCUGCAGAAAUGGGUGCGAUUGUGCCAUUGCUAGUUGGUGUGAUUCUGUACCUCCGGCCAGCCGUCUGCAACGAUAACCUCCGGGUGGCUUACCAGUGGAGCCAAAUUGACUUUGAAUACCCGUCCGAGGCGGACCGAGCGGAUGCCAUCCGCUCGGGGGCGUACGUCGCAGAAAAUGUAAUUCCGAUCGGACUGGAAGUCUACAAGAGACGCCUGUUUGUGACGUUACCGCGCUGGAAAACGGGAAUUCCCGCUUCGCUCGCUUACAUCAACGUAAACGAAACCAACAGCCAAUCACCCAAGCUGCGACCGUACCCGAGCUGGAGUGCCCACCGACAAAUGACCGAAGAGGAGGCACCGGAAAUUGUUUCCCCAUUCCGGAUACGAGCCGACCGGUGCGGACGACUAUGGGUGCUGGACACCGGGAUUUCUGAUCUUCUGAACACCGCCAAGGUUCUGGCUCCCACCUCUUUACUGGUGUACGACCUGCACAACGACAACCUGCUGAGACGUUACAAAUUCCCCAAGGAUCACAUCAAAGAAGGAUCCUUCUACGCAAACAUUGCAGUUGAAGAUUCUAACUGUGACGAUACGUUCGCUUAUGCAGCUGAUCUUGGAUCACCGGGAUUGGUAGUGUAUUCGUGGAAACUACAGGAAUCCUGGCGUGUCCAACAUCACUUCUUCCAUCCCGAUCCGUUGGCUGGAAAUUACACUAUCACCGGAAUUUCAUUCCAGUGGGACGAUGGACUGUUUGGAAUGGCUUUGUCACGACCUCAGAACGAUGGAUUCUCCACCAUGUACUUCCAUCCUCUGAGCUCGACGAAUGAAUUUUCUGUUUCUACGAGGAUACUCAGGAAUCAGACACUAGCCACGUCUGAUAAAAUCUACAAGGAGUUUAAGGUUCUUGGCUCCAGAGGACCAAACGGUCAAGCCGGUGUUGCAUUCCUGGAUCAAAAGACGGGAGUCAUUUUCUACGCCUUGCCGAACCUUAACGCCGUUACCUGUUGGAAAACAUCCAACCGAGCAUACACUAUCAAAUCGCUCGGACGAGUGUACAUGAGCGUCACCGAUAUGGUGUUCCCUAACGAUGUUAAAGUGGAUGACGAGAGCAACCUGUGGGUCCUAUCGGAUCGACUACAUCAGUACAUGUACUCCAGUCUGGAUCCGAAAGAUGUCAACUUCCGUAUCCUAACUGCAACCGUGAAAGACGCUAUUGAAAACACAGCCUGUGAUCUUAAAAUCAAACCUCUGCCGGACAUUAUCACCAACCUGGGCGAUAUUCUACGGCCAUCAACGACAACUGUGCCUCCCAAAUCUGGGGCACAAAUGGUGCUCAUUUCCCACGCGGUUCUUCUACUCGCUGUUUUCGCCAAGUUGCUUCUAUGAACUUUAGCAUGUGUGUUAAAACAGUGUGGUGGUGCUCGAUAAAAUAGUCCUACAACAACAACAACAUAAAUUCAAUCAGUCUUGGAAAAGACUCAAAACUGCUAUCAGUAACUGUAAGGAAAUAUUAAUUUCAUUUUAGCACAGCUUUUUCAACGCACCGCGCAGAACCAAGGAAAUAAGGCACAGGAAUUCACUCAAAUCAGUCAAAUAACGUUAAGUUUGAAGGCUCUUGUUUGUUACUUCAUUACCUGUAAAGUAAGCUACCGAAGGAAAACUAUUGUAAAUUAUUUUCGCUUUCAUAGGUAAGGCAACUAAAACUAGAAUUUUAGAGAACCGUUGCAGGAAUCGUUAGACGAGAUUCGCAAGAUUACCAGAUAUGAUAAAUGUUAAAUAAUCAGUAUUGGAAACGAACAAUCACAAUCUUGUUUUAAGCUAUCACGUUGUAAAUUAUUGUUUUAACUAUUUAACUCGAUUGUAGAGUCGAUCGGGGACACGAUUUUAAAUGAACGCAAUCUUGUGUGGAAACAUGCAACGGUAGAAGCAGGAAAAAAAAAUGUGCUAUAUACUAGCUGAUUCAUCAAUAAUUGGGACACAUUAAUCAAAAUGUUUUAGCAAAAUUAAAGGUGUAGAAUUGCUAUCAAGAUGCUUUCCGUGUAAAUUAAACCGUCCACGUGUCAUAUAUCGAAUGUUGUUAGUCAUAUUGUAUGAAGGAAAGAAGUAUAGUUGUUGCAAGAACCAA